AAAUAGGACACAACCCCUCACUUCUCUUUACCAAAAAAACCAAAAAACUAAUUAGCAACCAUGUCAAAUAUCCUUUACCAAGCAGCACCAACACCAUUGUUGAAAGAUGAACUUGAUAUUGUCAUACCAACAAUAAGAAAUCUUGAUUUCUUGGAGAUGUGGAGACCAUUUUUUCAACCAUAUCAUUUAAUUAUUGUUCAAGAUGGUGAUCCUUCUAAGACCAUUAAAGUCCCUGAAGGAUUUGAUUAUGAACUAUAUAAUAGGAAUGACAUUAACAGGAUUCUUGGUCCUAAAGCUUCUUGUAUUUCCUUUAAGGAUUCUGCUUGUAGGUGCUUUGGUUAUAUGGUGUCUAAGAAGAAGUAUAUCUACACCAUUGAUGAUGAUUGCUUUGUGGCCAAAGACCCGUCUGGAAAAGAUAUCAAUGCACUUGAGCAGCACAUCAAGAACCUGCUUUGCCCAUCCACACCGCAUUUCUUCAACACUCUGUAUGAUCCAUACAGAGAAGGUGCAGAUUUCGUUCGUGGCUACCCUUUCAGCAUGCGUGAGGGUGCUCCAACAGCUGUUUCUCAUGGCCUGUGGCUCAACAUCCCUGACUACGAUGCCCCCACACAGCUCGUUAAGCCUCAUGAGAGGAACACGAGAUACGUUGACGCUGUCAUGACGAUUCCAAAAGGCACUUUAUUCCCCAUGUGUGGAAUGAAUUUGGCAUUUGACCGUGAUCUCAUUGGACCUGCAAUGUACUUUGGUCUCAUGGGUGACGGUCAGCCAAUUGGUCGUUACGAUGAUAUGUGGGCCGGUUGGUGUACCAAGGUCAUAUGUGACCACUUGGGACUAGGAAUCAAGACUGGUCUGCCCUACAUAUGGCACAGCAAAGCCAGUAACCCGUUCGUUAACCUCAAAAAGGAAUAUAAGGGAAUCUUCUGGCAAGAAGAGAUCAUCCCCUUUUUCCAGGCUGCAACCCUUCCUAAAGAGUGCACAACUGUCCAGCAAUGCUACCUUGAGCUAUCGAAACAGGUCAAGGACAAACUUUCCAAGGUCGAUCCCUAUUUCACCAAGCUCGGAGACGCUAUGGUCACAUGGAUCGAAGCUUGGGAUGAGCUCAACCCUACUGGGGAGAACUUGGCUAAGCUGUCCAUCUCCGAUGGUCCAGCAAAGACUAAAAAGUAGAUGCUAUUUAUAGCUUUUGCUUCUUUUCUUUGACGGCUAAGAGACAUUUGAGUUGAGUAGAGCUGGAUUACUUGUUUUUGAAUUUACUUUGUUUUAAUUAUGGUUGAGGAUUUAGGUCAUAUUGCUGCUCUGUGGAGCAGCUUUUGCUUCCUUCUCUGAAACAUUAUAGGAGUAUUAUUUAUAAGGCUUAGUUCCAAACUUGAGAUUAUUAUCUAUAUCAAUAAAAAGGGUUUAGUCGCCACUAGGCGUUUAAA